AUGAGCAGGUCCGAGGCUGAAGGUCCUGAGCCCGGCGACAGCGUCAGGUCCGCGCAGCAGCAAGCAGACGUCGAGGCCAAGCGAGCAAAGCAACGUGAGAAGAACCGGAGGUAUAAGGAAAGGAAAGCCGCGCGGUUGGCACAGGAGCGCGAGGCGGCGAGCCAGGGGACGCCCAAUGCAAGCGGGAGGGGCAACGACCCCGGCGCGGUGGUGCCAGGGCAGGCCGGGUCGGCCACCAGCACCCCGCGCGUAGCGUUGCUGCCAUUGAAGGCGCGGGGGCACAGCGAGAGCGGGCCCGAACCGCAGGGGACGGGCGGCGUGGCGAAGUCGAAGGCGCAGGAAGCUUCGGGUCUCCAGGCGACGCCUGAUGCAAGCCGUAGGGGCGGAAACAUCACUGCAGAAGAUCAGAAAGGCCUGGCGAGCGACGCGAGGCGCGCCGAGAUGACGCUUCGGCAGCCUCCGAUGGAUCCCCUGGACGGCCGGGAGCCGCAGCAGUGGACGGGCGACGUGUCGGAGGAGGUUGUCGCCAACUGGCGCAACAACGAGGACUGCUUUUGUUGGCAUCCGUGUCCUGAGGGGGCGAUUGAUCGCUCGCGCUGGGUCGACGUCUACUGGGACAUGGAUAACGUGGCGCUGCCUAGAUGCGGAUCCCCGCACGACCAGUUCAAGGUGCUUCUGAAGGUGUUUGGGCAAGGUUUCCCGAAGCGAUGCAAGCUGCACGUCUUCGUGUCGGACAUCAACUUUCAACGAGAUUACAGCUCUAACAGGCGCACAGAGAUCCGCAAGUUCUGCCCCGGGGUGUCCGUGCAGCUAUGUUUGGGAAAAUCCUUCGGGAAAAACGAAGUGUGCGACACGCAGCUCAAGGACGCAUUCGAUCGGAUGCUCAGUCGGCUGAACAGCAAGGGGAAUGUCGUGGUCCUCAUCUCAGGCGACGCAGACUUCCACCAGCAGCUAAUCGACGCGAAGCUCGCGGGUUCCUUGGUGUACGUGCUCCUCCCGAGUAAGCAGCUCGGGAGGAGCAACGGGAAGCUCACAUCGGCACACAACAAGGACCUCGCGAAGGAAGCACACUGGGUGCAGUACUACGACAACUUCAUGCUCUGGCACCUCGCGCGUGCAAAGGGGGGCCACGGGAACCUUUCCUCGGUCGACGUCGCAUCGCACGAGGUCCCGGUCGACAGCAGCGACGCCAGGGACUCUCCGACCGCGCGGCGCUCGGAUGCGGGGGCGUCUUCAGAUGGCAGCGCGGCUGACGAGGAGGGCGCGACGGAGGGUGAGGGGGAGGCGUCGAAGCGCAACGCGUCGACGCUGGAGAUGGGGACGCCCGGCGAGGGCGCGAGCGGGCGGGGGUCGCCAGGCAGCCCGGUGCGAGGCGGGCGUGCAAAGGCGCUGCCAGUUGACGCAGACGACGGCAUGACGCCGGUGCGCGUGGGCGGAGGGUGUUUCGGUUGCCGGAAGGGCCGUCGGCGGCAGCAGGUCGUUCCUCGCGCCAUGGAAGCGAUGUGA